AUGUCGGGUUAUCAAACACAAUGCCCAUCUUAAAAGUAAAGAUAUUAUGGUAUACGUAAAAAGAACAACGAAUUGAAAUAAUCUGCUAUCAGCUUGUUUCAUUGUAAAAUACGUACGUACCAUAUGCAUAAGGUGGGUUCGAUGGAACCCCGCGAGUCCCCUCCGGGCUCGUUACAAAUUUGCGUUUCAGGUCACCCAAAUGCAUUUGUGCCUGCUCAUAGCAAUUACCGGUACUUGACACAGCCAGUGGUUAAACCAGUAGUGCGUUUAAUGUGUUUUCUUGAACUCUGUAAUUUUACAUUGUUAUUUAUUUAUCGGCAUGGAGCGUCCUUCAGCCAAGGACUUGAUAAAAGGAUUUGAGAGCGGCGGAGUCAAAGGGAAAAAGCUUCACGUGCUGUUCGUGUACGCGCACCAAGAACCCAAAUCCUUCAACGGGGCUUUGAAAGAUGUCGCCGUGGAGGUCCUACGUGAAUUAGGACACACUGUGGAGAUAUCGGACUUGUACGCCCAGAACUUCAACCCUCUUUGUACAAGAAACGAGAUCAAAGGGGAAAUACUAAAUCCCAACCACUUCAAUUACAGCCAAGAGACACAAAAUACUUAUAAGAAUAGUACUCUCCCCGAGGACAUUGUCUCUGAACAAGAAAAGCUUAAUAGAGCUGAUUUGGUCAUUUUCCAAUUCCCAAUGUAUUGGAUGUCCUUCCCGGCUAUCCUGAAAGGCUGGUUUGACAGGGUGUUUACCUUGGGAUAUGCAUUUACAUUAGAAGCAAUGUGUGAUGAAGGUCUUCUUAAAGUACAAGUCUUAAGGUCAGGCAACGCAGACGUCGUAAAACUGCUCUAUUGCGUGACCCGUCAUCACAGAAGUCACCCAUGCAGUGACCGUAUUUUGCCGGCUUCCGACAUGCGUUCACCACAGGGAGGAAUCCAGCGUUAGCAUUAUAUACAAGACCGUACUCAGCAAUUUUCAACACGGGUCUAUUUCUGAAAAAGUGGACCUUUCUUCAUAAAACGUAUACCUAGAUCAAAUUUCACACAGAGUGGACCUUUUCCUGUCAAAAAGGACGUUUUUUUUAACCCUCCAAGCUCAACCUCUCUUCGGGCCUGAAU